GUCCCCGCUGGGGCGGCCUCACGAGUGCUGAGGGCCUGGAACCUCUGUCCGCCCUGGCGCGACCUCAGGGGUUCCCGCGUCCCCUUCGUGACUCCCGCAGCCCAGGCCGCUCUUUGCAUCUCUUCUCGCCCACAGCUGGCCCCGGCUGGGUCCAAGGGCCCGAACGCGACCUUGGACCAGCCUACCAUCCCGCGUCGCCCCGGCUUCGGCCCCGGGCGCAGGGCACGCCCGGAGCCAGAGGAGCCAGAGCGGGGGUGGGGAGGUGGGGGUGGGGAACUGAAGCAAAAACUGUACUUUAACUCCGCCCCUAUCCCUGGAGGCCGCGCGUCGCUGCCAGGGCUGCAAACUUCAGAGUCUCUUAAGUUACGGAGGUGUGUGAGGCCCCUAGAGGUCGUGGUUGAAAAGAAAGGGGCUGGGUAAAUAAGCGAGGCGCGGGUGAGCAGGGCUGCAAGCCCAGAGUAGGAGGCGGCGCAUCUCAGUCCCGCGCAGGCCCAGGUCUUACCGCGCUCCGCUGGCACCGAAGUUUAAGGGCCCGGCCCACUGCCGCGGCGCAAGUGAGCAGCCUCAGGAAGCCCUUGCGAGACCGCCCGCCCAGACCCUCGCCGGCCCGGGUCAGAGGUGACCACCCCCGGCCUCUGACGCGAGGAGAAACCGAUGUCAGCGACACGGGCUGUUCAGAGCCAGCACUGAAGCACUUGGAGCAUUUGGUCCCUGCGGCGCUGGAUGCCAUGAGUUGCUAAAAGUGAGCCUGGCUUUUCAGCUGUCUUGGGGGCGCAGUGUUGGGGGCACAGAGCCAUGUCUGACCUGUUCCUCCUAGGCCUGAUUGGGGGCCUGACUCUGCUGCUGCUGCUGACACUCCUGGCCUUUGCUGGGUACUCAGGGCUGCUGUCUGGGGUGGUGGUGAGUGCUGGCUCACCCCCCAUCCGCAACGUCACUGUGGCCUACAAGUUUCACAUUGGGCCCUACCGCGAGACUGGGCGGCUUUUCACCGAGAGCUGCAGUGUCUCCCCCAAGCUCCGCUCCAUCGCCGUCUACUACGACAACCCCCACAUGGUACCCCCUGAGAAGUGCCGCUGUGCGGUGGGCAGCAUUCUAAGUGAAGGUGAGGAGUCACCCUCCUCUGAGCUCAUCCAGCUCUACCAGAAAUUUGGCUUCAAGGUAUUCUCCUUCCCGGCACCCAGCCAUGUGGUAACGGCCACCUUCCCGUAUACCUCCACCCUGUCCAUCUGGCUGGCUACCCGCCGUGUCCAUCCUGCCCUGGAUGCCUACAUCAAGGGGCGGAAGCUGUGUGCCCACCCUCGGCUAGAGAUCUACCAGCAAGACCAGAUCUAUUUCAUGUGCCCACUGGCACGGCAGGGAGACUUCUAUGUGCCUGAGGUGAAGGAGACAGAGCGGAAAAGCCGAGGACCCACAGAGGCCAGUGACUCCCAGAUGGAUGGCACAGGAGCUGAUACGAUGAGUGACACGAGUUCUGUAAGCCUGGAGGUUGGUCCUGGCAGCCGGGAGACUUCAGCUGCCACACUGUCCCCUGGGGUGAGCAGCCGUGGCUGGGAUGAUGGUGACACCCGCAGUGAGCACAGCUAUAGCGAGUCGGGCGCCAGUGGCUCAUCCUUUGAGGAGCUGGACCUGGAAGGCGAAGGACCCAUGGGAGAGUCAAGGCUGAGCCCUGAGGCUGAACCCUUAGGGGCUACCAAGUGGCCCCGGGAACCUAGUACCCCUGAGAAGGGUGAGGAGUAACCCUAGGUUUGCACCCUCCUGAGGUGCAGUCGAUAAGGAACUGAGCAGACUCUUCAGCCCUCUUCCUCCUUCACCUCUCAGGCCCAGGCUGGGGCCUGGGGCCUGGGGCCUUAGGGGGACCUGACUUCCACUGCCCUGGGCUCUAUCUAGUUAAGCCUUCUUACCACACUUUCAGCUCCCAGGGCCAAAGGAGCCAGGGACUGUAUUCCGCACCCAGACCCCGGGGCUACUGCCCCUCUGACAUCUUUUUUCAGAUUCACAUUGGAGCUUCCAGGACCAGAAUAAAGCAAAUGAUUUUCUUGUUUCACCUGGA